UUGGUUCAUCAUUGUGUGAUGGCGGACGUGUUCAUUCUAGAAUAGUACAGUUGUUGUUGUCAUACAAAAAAAGAAGUGUAAAAACUAAGAUAAGAUGCCGUUAGCUGUCAGAGAUUACACAUGGGAAGAAACGGAGAAAAUGCUGUUUCUCACUGUCCCUUUGAAAGGAGUUAAGGCAAACAAAGUGGAUAUUUUGUCAUCAGAGGACUACAUCAAGGUAAGCUAUCCACCCUAUUUCUUUGAAUGCUUUUUACGUGAAAGCGUUGAUGACAUCUCAAGCACAGCCCAAAUUGGAAAUGGGGCAGUUGUGUUUAAACUUCUCAAAAAGGAAACCCAGCUUUGGAACGAGUUACACCAUGAUAGAUCAGAUGAUAAGGAAUUUACAAAACAAAAGAGAGAUGAAGCGAUCACAAGAAACCAGGAGAGAGCUGAACUGUCUGCCAAAGAGAAGGCUGAGAAAAAGCAAGAGCGAGAAAAAUAUGCCAUGAAUGAAAUGAUGCGGCUAGAACAAGAGGAGAGAGACAGAAUUGCAAAUAUAAAAGAAUCAGAAAAGAGGAAAGCAAUGGAAGAACUAGAAAUAUGGAAAGAGCAGCAGAGAGAAGCCGCUGAACUGGAGAAAAACAGGAUUUUGGAAGAGGAACGAGCAAAAGAAUCUGCUCUUAAGGAGGAGAUGAGGAAAGAAAAGAAACGGAGAGGUAAAAACAUAUUUGAAGAAGCCAGCAAUGGAAUACCCACACGAGAUGUAGGUAGAAUUGAAAUAAAAUUCACACCACGAGUGUUCCCAACACCUGUUCGAGAGUCACAAACACACCUUGAAGAAGAGUGGUUGAAAAAGCAAGCAGAGGCUAGAAGAAUUACAGAAAUUGAAGACAAAGACUUAACAGAGGAGGAGAAAGAUCCCAUUUAUCUCAGAGACAAAGGAGUUUCUUUUUUCAAGUCUGGAAACUACCCAGCAGCAGUGAAUGCCUUUACAACUGCUCUUCGUUUUAAUCCAAAGAUGCCAUCAUUAUAUUCAAACAGAGCUGCCUGCCAUUUAAAAACUAGGAAUUUCUUCAAGUGCAUCGAAGACUGCUCCAAAGCCAUGGACCUAUUAAGUCCCCCUGUUCCACAGAAUGCAGACAGCAGGUGUAAGGCACUUAUUCGUCGAGGCACCGCUUUUUGUGAACUGGAGAUGUAUGUAGAGGGAUUGCAAGAUUACGAGGCAGCUUUAAAAAUUGAUCCAAACAACAAACAAGUUCGAGAAGAUGCAGAAAAAAUGAGAAAAAUAAUUCAGUCUAGUUCAGAAAGCUGAUGAAAACGUUUCUUGUUCACUCUAACUGAAACAGAUGGCAGCCAUCUUGAUGCCUAGAAAUCCAGUGACUGUGACUCUACAAUACAGUCUAUUUUGACAUUAAACAGGGGGAAGUGAUUUCUCUCCAAGUUGUGAUAGCAAUCUGAAUCAUGCUGAUGAUGUGGAAAUGUAAUUGUUGCAACUUUAAAAAGUUACUAUUUAUUACUUGUGUUUUAUUUCCGUAUGAGAAGAACUGCAAUGCAAAACAUUUGUUUCAAAUUCUAUUUAUUUUAUACAUAAUAAAUGUAAAAUAAAUGAGUAAUAUAGUUUUAA